UUCAUAUUGUUUCUAUGAUUUUAUAUAUUUUCUAGAAUUAAACUUUACUCCACAUAAUGGAUUCACCCGAGCCAGUUGGGACAACAAAAGAUCAGGAUUGCGAAGAGGAGCACACGUCAAUUCAGUACGAGUUCAUGUCUGAUAGAUGGAGGCAUCAUAUGCCACACCUGCGCUUCAGUCACAUUGCGUUCCACAGGAAGAUUCCCCUGCUGAAGAAACUGAAUCUCGCCCUUGAAAGAAAUAUUGGUCCCCAUGCCUAUGUAAUAGUUGGCGAUACAGUCUACAAGUGCCAAGUGUUCAUACUUCGCCUCUACUGCAAGGGGUUCGUGAACAACCUUAAAAUGGGUGACGUAGUCAAGUUUCCCAGGGACUCAAUGAGCAAUGAAUUCUUUGAAUUGGCCUAUGCCUGGAUGACUAGUAAGAAGGUAUAUUGCCCACGAGAUAAGAUCUUGGACUUCCUAGACGUUGGGACAUUUUUGCAGUGCAUUCCCUUGAUCAAGCGCAUCUUUGAGUACCUUAACGACCACAGAAUCCACUCCGAGUUGACUGCAUUUAGAUGCUUUUUGAAGGCGAGAGAUAUGGGUAUUACCCAAGUUGCCGACAUGAUGCUGUCCAGGGUGAGCAAGUGCUUCCUGGUCCUGGUGUCCAAUGGACAAUUCCUUAAGCUGGAUGUCGAUUGCGUGUGCACUCUGCUGAGUUCGAGCUACUUGGCUGUACAAACCGAGAUUGAGAUUUUUUAUUCAGCUCUGCUCUGGCUAAUAUCAAACUAUCAGAUACGCAAAAAGUACAUUCCUCGUGUCUUGGGCUUGGUGAGAUUCCAUAUGAUGCCACCCGCAUUUCUUCUCCAAUGGACGCACCAUCUCAUAGAUCUGGAAGAAGAACUUGCGGAUUUCCUAUGCCACCAUCUACACAAUGGUAUGCUGCGGCAGCACGAAAAUUUUAUGGACAGCUUCGUAUCAGAAUAUUUGGGAAGCGCCAAUCGCAGGUGGAUUCGGGAUCCAAAGUGUCCUUAUGUACACUUUCUCAAUGUAAACGGUGGCUUCGAUUUCUCCCCUAAAGUAUUUGUCAGCUAUCUGCGGCGAAUCCAAAACUCACCUGAUAGUUUUAUAGCUCGACUGAUAAUGGUGGAACCUAUGGAACAUACGGAUAAAUUCUCCUCGGAAGAAAAUGAUGAUGGUGAUGAAACGACGAUAAACGAACCAUCGACAUCGAAUAAUGACCCAGAUGAUUUGGAGGAGCAAUCCCAUUUUGACUCUAAGAUAUUUAUAAAAGCCAAAUAUGACGAUUCCUACCCUGAAGACUUGGACUCAACUAAUAGUGAUGAGAGUUAUUAUAGCGCCAAUAAGAUAAGCAAGACUAGAACGCGAAGCUUUGCCGGAGAUGAUAGCUUUGCUGCGAGAGGAACAGACUCUCCCGAAGAUUUGGAUUCUGCUAUGAAUGUUAUGGGUGUAACCAAAUCGCAACCUAAGACCGAUUUGGCAAAGAAAAAUACCUCUUAUAGAUCGUCUGUCAGUAGAAUUGCUAAGCCUGUUAAGUGGAAUACUGAUUCCGAUUCGGAUUCUUCUGAUGAUCCAUCUCAGGAAUCCUCUACAACCUCCACAACGGAUUCCUUCACGGAUUGCGACGAAGGGUCUGUUCACAGUACUGCAGUAGAUUGCCCAGCAGAUUUGCCAGCAAAUUCAGCUGCAGAUUCGCCUGCGGAUUCGCCUGCAGAUUCGCCUGCAGAUUCACCUGCAGACUCGCCUGCAGAUUCCCCUGAAGAUUCCAGCGCAAGUUCUUCCGCGAACUCCACAAGUUCUGGCGGUGAUUCCGAAACGGAAUCCGUUAAAGAUUCCACUGCAGAAUCUGCCACAGAGUACGCCACGAAUUCUGAAGGAUUUCCCGGUACAGAUUCAUCGGUUUGUUCCCGAACCGAUAGUAUAAGCUCUGACGUAUACGAGGAUUAUUCAUUUGAAUAUUUCUGAGAUAAAUUAUA